UGGAAGACUAGAGGAGUGAGCAGAACAAACGGACCUGAUGAGCUUAGAGUAAACGCGCUAACGGUAUUUGAGGAAAGCACAAAAUCGUUUGACGACCAGUCUUUUGACUGAAUCACCCCUUAGCAAACAACAUAUUUUAUUCAGUUUUAUCAGCCCAGCUAUUUACGCGAGCUUCAUGACAGCGUUAAUCAUUGCUUGAUUUUUUUCCUUUUCCCCCCCUUAAAGUAGUCACAUCCUUAUAAAUGCAACGCUGUUUAAUAUAUGAAAAAACGAUGGCACCCGAAAGCAGGAAUGGAGGAAGUUCUACCUUGAAUAAUAACUGCAAAAACAACACCAGGAGAAAGUUACUGGUCGGUGUGGAUCUAUUUUGUUUGUUUUUAGCCGGCCUGCCUUUCCUCAUCAUAGAGACUAGUGCUGUUCAGCCCUACCGCCGUGGGUUUUACUGCAACGAUGAGUCCAUCAAGUACCCGGCCAAAAGGGGAGACACCAUUAGCGACGCUGUGCUUUGUGCUGCUGGCAUUCUUAUUACCAUCCUCUCUAUUGUGAUAGGAGAGAGCUAUAGGAUCCACUGUCUAAACCAGGGCUCCAAGUCCUUUGUGGGGAACCCCUACAUCUCCGCCCUUUACAAGCAAGUGGGCGUGUUCAUCUUCGGCUGUGCCAUCAGCCAGUCGUUCACAGACAUCGCCAAGGUGUCGGUGGGGCGCAUGCGGCCUCACUUCCUAGAUGUUUGCAAGCCAGACUUCUCCACCAUCAACUGUUCCCUGGGAUACAUCACAGAAUACCAGUGCCAGGGACCUGAGAGCAAAGUCCAGGAGGCCAGGAAGUCCUUUUUCUCAGGACAUGCAUCCUUCUCCAUGUACACAAUGCUGUAUCUGGUGUUCUACCUCCAGUCGCGUUUCACCUGGCGCGGUGCCCGUCUCCUCCGGCCUCUCACCCAGUUCACCCUCAUCAUGAUGUCUUUCUACACCGGCUUGUCCCGUGUCUCUGACCACAAGCACCACCCCACUGACAUCCUGGCAGGCUUCACCCAGGGAGCCCUGGUGGCCUACUGCAUCGUAUUCUUUGUGUCAGACCUCUUCAAGCCCAAAGGUAGGAGCUGUGCUCUACCUCCCACCCCUGUGAAGAAGGACAUCAGUCCACCUGCAGACAUCAGAGAGAGGAGCAACCAUCUGACCAUGGCAUAGAGGUCCCUAUGCCUGGCGCCACAUCUUGAACUGAUCACUAUAAUGACUGGCCAAAACUGGAGAAGAUUGUCUAAUCCAUUAUGUUGACUGGCACACAAAUAUCUUAAUUGUCAUGGUUCAGACCAAAUCGGAACUGUGAAAAGCUUACAUUGGAAAGAAGCAGAGACAUCCAGUCAACUAUGUCCAUGUGGCUCACCAUCUCAUCUGACUUUUGAAUGUGGAGGAGUUCGGGGAGCACCCCUAUCUCCUUCUUGCCUAGGGAAUUUUAUUCCAUCCGAUUUGGUUUCUUCAGUCACCCUGCUAUAACAGACAACGGGUAAAUGAUAGCUGACAGUGCAGUUUGGCAAGUCAUGCUAUGGAUAGACCUCUGAAGUGAAGUGAGAGGGUGAGAAGACAGCUGUGCUGUGGAACUGUGGUGCACAAGCCCUCUCUGGUCUUUGGCAGCCAAGCAUGGAGACUGUGCUACUACUGUGUGCCUGACACACAAACACACUAACAAAAAAAUAACAAAUUCCUGGAUUAAAGGAAGGAUGUUUUUUUUUUUUUUUUUCGAUAUGAGGAACCUUUUGUAAAUUUGAGCUACAGCACUAUAUCCAAACUCAGUAUUGAUUGUCACCACUUGAAUUAACUGAAGUGAAGCUUUUGGAAAGCUUCGUAUAAAGCAAGCUUUUUGGUAUUUUCCAAUGUAAUUUUGUAAAGAAGUGUAUGAAGGGGGUUUGAGUAGGUACAGUAGAUGGAGAGUACUGUUCAGAGAGGGCGCACAUGUUGGACGUGGGACUCUCUCUGCUGGCUGGGACGAGCCCCCACAGAGGCUUUUAAUGAAAUGACUGUCUGUUUUGUGUGCCAGACGAGUGCUCACAAGUGUUAGGUCAGAGAGACUGUGUGUGUGAUGUGGUUGUGUGUGUGAUAUGAUUGUGUGUGUGUGUGUGUGUGUGUGGGGGGGGGGGGGGGGUGCGUGCGUGCAUGCUUGUCUUUCUUUGUGCCAGUGUCAGUGAAUGCCAUGUAUAUAUGUUUUACCUUACAUGUGUGUGUCUAUGUGUGUGUGUUUGUGUUUGUAGGCCUACGUGCACGUGCAUGUGCAUGCGCACAUGUCUGUUUUUUAAAUGUCUCAGGUUGAAGACAGGGAAUAGGAGGCUGCUUCAACAGACACAUACUAAAACAGGAAAACUGUGGAAUAAUAACGUCACACUACUUCAGAAUUCACAUAGAUGACCUGUGCCAAUGAGAUGAAAAUCCCUGUGACAAUAUACAGUCUGCUAUCAAGCCAUUUGUACUACAUAAGCAACCUGUUUUAUUUUUAUAGAUUUUUUGAUAAUUUAUGUAUCAGAAAAGUAUGUACAAUAUCAUAAAUAUCCACUAUAAAUUUGAUGUUAAGACCUGUGUAAAUGUCCAAGUGCUGCUUACAGAAACAUUGAUUGACAUAUGUCAUGCGGUGAAAUAACUUGUCUGUAUCAACGUUUCAUUAGAUAGCUUUCUAGAAGACAGAUAAGUACACUUAUGUUAAAAAUUCUUUUUAAAAUGAAAAUAUAAGCCAGAUAUAUCAAAUAUGAUGUGCUUUCUGAAUUAAAAAAAAACUCACUAUAUUUGGAA